AAAAAAAAGGGUGUAGACCAAUUUUAUAGCAACAAUUUAUUUAGCAGUGUUUUUACAUUUCCAGAGUUCCCGCAUGGCGAACAAUUUCUCACACAACUGGUCUUCAAAAACAGCCAGAUUUGCGGGAAAAAAGCGGAUUCGGCAGCACUGGCUGGUGCCUGUCGCGUUUUAAUGUUCAAGAAUUUGUUGAAAACAUAUUUAUUGCCAAUCCGUACAAUGUCCUGCUUUUCCCACGUGAUGAACCCCAUUACGGGUGAGAAUACUUGGCAGGAGCGCGCGGACGACUACGAUUACCAUCAGGAAGUGGCCAAUGCCGGCUUCGGGGACAUGCUGCACGACUGGGAGAGGAAUCAAAAGUAUUUCGCGGCACUAAGGAAAACCAUAAAGGACAUGCGUGCCGCAGGAAAGGAAGUACAUGUCCUGGACAUUGGCACCGGAACGGGCAUACUCUCAAUGAUGGCCUUGAAAGCUGGGGCGGACUCCGUUACCGCCUGCGAGGCCUUUCUGCCCAUGGCAAAUUGUGCGGCCAAGAUUUUGUCCGACAAUGGAGUCGGCGACAAAGUGCAACUGAUUCGAAAACGCUCAACGGACAUUAAAAUUGGUGCGGGCAUGGACAUGCCGCAGCGGGCGAAUCUCCUGGUGGCCGAGCUGUUGGAUACCGAGCUGAUUGGGGAGGGCGCCAUCGGCAUCUACAAUCAUGCCCAUGCCGAGCUGCUCACCGACGACGCUCUGUGCAUACCGGCGCGCGCCAGGUGCUACGCGCAGGUGGCUCAGUCCCCGCUGGCCUCACAAUGGAACAGCCUAAAGAUUCUCCCAAAUCUGGAUGGUGAAGCCUUACUCCGACCACCAGAACAGCUAAAGAAUUGCAAUGGAGAGGCUGCUCUACAUGAUGUUCAGCUCUCGCAGCUGCCGCCCGGCACCUUCCGCCUGCUGACAGAGCCCAUCGAGAUCUUCCAGUUCGAUUUCCAGCGCAAGGAGAAGAGAGAGAAGCAAAGGGAGAAACUGCUGCAACUGCAGUCGAGUCAGCCGGGUGCCGCGGAGUUGGUAUUCUACUGGUGGGACAUUCAACUGGACGAUCAAGGGGAAAUCCUGCUCAGCUGUGCUCCGUACUGGGCCCAUCCGCAGCUCAAAGAGUUGGCUGCCAGCAAGGAGGACCGCUUACCUGUGGCCAAUGUCGUCCCCUGGCGGGACCACUGGAUGCAGGCCAUCUAUUACGUGCCAAAACCGCCGCAGCUUGUCACUGCUGGUCAGGCCUUCUACUUGAGCUGCCACCACGAUGAGUACUCGCUCUGGUUCGAUGCUCUGCUGGAGGCGCCCGCCAAAACUGUGCGUCGGCAUACCUGCUCUUGCGACCUGCACAUGACCUACUCCCGCAGCAGAAUCGGUCAGCUAAAUCAGGCCAUACGCAACAAACGUUACCUGCGUUACCUGGAGGACAGCAUUGUGCCCAAGCAAUCAAAUGUCCUGGUCCUGGGCAAUGGCUGCCUGCUAGGUCUGGCUAGCGCGGCCCUUGGUGCAGCGUCGGUACAGCUCCAUGAGCCACAUCGAUUCUCACGCCGCCUGAUCGACUCAAUUGUGCAGCACAACGAGCUGAAGAACGUUAAGUAUGUUGAGGACGUUGGGCAACUGGAGGAAACUGAAUUGGUCGCUCUGACCCAUGUCUUUGCGGAACCCUACUUCCUCAAUGCUAUUCUGCCCUGGGAUAACUUUUACUUUGGCACAUUGCUGAUGAAACUAAAGGAUAAACUGCCAGAGAGUGUGGAGAUUUCGCCAUGUGAGGCGAGAAUAUUUGCCUUGCCCGUGGAGUUCUUGGAUUUGUACAAGAUUCGUGCUCCUGUGGGCAACUGCGAGGGGUUCGAUCUGCGUCUCUUUGACGAAAUGGUCGAGAGGUCCGCUGAACAGGCAGUGUCCCAUGUGGAGGCGCAACCAUUGUGGGAAUAUCCCUGUCGCGCCCUGGCCGACCCGCAGCAGAUUCUCAACGUGGACUUUGCCAACUUCAGUGCCGAACACAACCUCCAGGGCAGCAUAGAGCUGACGCAGUCGGGCGUCUGCAAUGGAAUUGCCCUUUGGGUUGACUGGCACUUGGAUAAAACCAACAAUGCCAAGUCUAUUGUGAGCACCGGUCCCAGCGAAUCUGUAGUUCCCGGCGAGUUUGUCAAGUGGGAUAUGUUUGUGCGCCAGGGCGUGCACUUUCCAAGGAAACCCACCACCACCGAUCUGUCCAGCAGUGCAGUGGAGUGGAGUAUAGACUUCAAGCCAUUGCUGGGACAGCUGAGCUUUGGCUUUUCCCAACAAAAGAGAUGAACUGCUCAAGAAAUUUCCAUUUAAUUCACAUAAAUUUGGACAAAUAAACACAGAAACAAACUGGGAACAGAUAGAAAACAUUGAAAUGGCU